AUGACCAUGCUCAAAGAUCCUUCGAAAAAGUACCGCAAAUUCAAACCUCUCAACAUCCCUGAUCGUCAAUGGCCUUCGAAGACAAUCGACAAGGUUCCACGUUGGCUGGCGACCGACUUACGCGAUGGCAAUCAAUCCUUGGUUGACCCCAUGGACGGCGAGCAGAAAUGGAAUUACUUCAAGAUGCUGGUGCGAUUAGGGUACAAGGAGAUUGAGAUUUCAUUUCCCGCGUCUGGAGCGACCGAUUUCGACUUUACAAGGAGAUUGGUGACGACGCCGGGCGUCGUGCCCGAUGACGUCUGGUUGCAAGUCCUUUCGCCGUGCCGGAAAGAGCUGAUCAAACGGACCGUGGAGAGCUUGCGCGGGGCGAAAAAGGCGAUUCUACAUCUCUACCUGGCUACAAGCCCGUGUUUCCAACAAAUCGUCUUCGGCAUGAACAAUGAGCAAAGUCUUGCGCUUGCGGUCGAGUGUACAAAGUACGCACGAUCGCUCACUAAGGACGACCCAAAUUCCGGAGUAGAAGAAUGGGCAUACGAGUUCUCGCCUGAGACUUUUUCAGACUCAGAUCCUGAUUUCGUGGUGGAGGUCUGUGAGGCUGUCAAGGCUGCAUGGGAGCCGUCAGUGGAGAACAAAAUCAUCUUCAACCUUCCAGCUACGGUUGAGAUGAGCACACCAAACGUUUACGCUGAUCAGAUCGAGUACUUCUGUCGCCAUAUCUCGGAGCGGGACAAGAUCGCCGUCUCCCUGCAUCCACACAACGAUCGAGGCUGCGCAGUGGCAGCGUCCGAACUUGCGCAAAUGGCAGGGGCCGACAGGGUGGAGGGCACUCUCUUCGGUAAUGGCGAGCGGACGGGAAAUGUCGACCUUGUCACCCUCGGCUUAAAUCUCUACACACAAGGCAUCCAUCCUGGCAUCGACUUCUCAGAUCUCAACAGUGUCAUUGAUGUUGUAGAGAAAAGCACAAAGAUUCCUGUACAUCCCCGCGCUCCCUAUGGUGGCCAACUUGUCGUCUGCGCCUUUUCAGGAUCUCAUCAAGAUGCGAUCAAAAAGGGUUUCAAUAAGCGGACGACUGAGGGUGCUGGUCACGAAGAUCCGUGGGUCAUGCCAUAUCUGCCACUUGAUCCCCAGGACAUUGGACGGACUUACGAAGCGGUUAUUCGUGUCAACAGCCAGUCUGGCAAAGGUGGUGUCGCUUGGAUUAUUCAACGUACUCUUCAAUUGGACCUCCCGCGUGGAUUGCAAGUCGCGUUUUCCAGAAUCAUCCAGACCAAGACCGAUCAGGUUGGCCGCGAGUUGCUCGCUAACGAGAUCAAGGAUCUCUUCGUGGAUGCCUACCAUUUGAAUCGCAAUCCUCGAUUCGCCCUCAUUGAUUAUGACAUCACAAGCGAACGAACCGCCGAUCCUACAGCACAGCCAGUCGAAGGAAAAACGGCCACGAAUCGUAAUCUUCGCCGGAAGUUCAAGGGUGUUAUCGAAAUUGACGGCCACGAGCAUCAUCUCGAAGGAUCUGGAAAUGGUGCUCUCUCCGCACUCGCGGACGCGCUCAAGAACUUGGGAAUCGAUUUGGACAUCGUAGGUUACACAGAGCAUGCUAUCCAAGGUACCAGUCCAUGGGGCCGUGAAUCGCAGGCCGCCGCCUACAUUGAGUGUACAGCGGCGGGCUCGAGUGAGAAAGUGUGGGGUGUCGGCAUCCACGAGGAUGUGGUGCAAUCAUCGUUGUUUGCUCUGCUUGGCGCAGCUUCUUCGUUCCUCUCCUCAAGGCCGUCGACGCCUAUUCCAUUCCGACCGAAACGCGGGAACACUUUCAGUAUCACACAUUCUCCGCUUGACGCCGUGGAAAAUACCGAAGGCGCAGAGGGAACUCAAACUCCGGCGGUCGACCUCACAGACAUCAAGGCAACUUUGAACGGAGCUCCAUCAAGUGCGCCGGAUGUAGCGACGUCGAAUGUGCAAGCAACACCUGCCCAGGAGGAGGCGUCGACUGUGCAGGAAUCAAAACCGUAA